CAAUUGCCCUUCUCAACGACCAUUAAGAGUCAUUACAAGUCACAACGACAAAGUCAUUAUAAGUUCUUGCGUAGAGUUGGGAGGUGCUGCUAACGCGCCUAUAACAGCUCAGAAUUGUUUAGUAGAACUAUCCAGAAGAUGGUUGAUUGUCAUCGCUGUAAUCGCUUUUUCAACUCCUGGUCUGCUUACCACCAGCAUGUCCGGGACUCCACCAAUCACUGGGAAUGUGAUCGUUGUCAACUCGACUUUGAGUCUAGUCUAGGACUCAAAGAACAUUACGUUCAGAGCCCCUACCACCAUUACUGCCAGUACUGCCGCGUCCAUUUUGACUCUGCGUCGGAUUUACAGGAUCAUUACGAAGGCGAGCAUGCUUACUGUAGCUCUUGUAACAAGGUCUUCAAGAACGACUUUGGCUUGCACGAGCAUAACCGGCAGAAGCACGCUGACGUGUACUGUAUUGCGUGCAAAAGACUUUUCCGGUCUCCGAGCAACCUUCACUCUCACAUGAACUCUAGUAUACACCGCUCUAAAGACACUAUCUGCCCCUUCAACGGAUGUGGCUUGGCAUUUAUCAAUAAUUCUGCCCUCAUUCUCCAUCUUGAAUCCGGCUCAUGUCGAUCAGGCGUCAACCGACGCGUCGUUGACAACUGGGUCCGCACCAAUGAUCGCUCUAACUUGAUUACCAACCCAGCGCGGCUCAUCACUGCUGGUGAACGUGCCAACGUUAAGCUUAUCGCGACAGGGCAGUCAUGGAACGGGCAGGCCUAUGAAUGUGUUCUUUGUCACACCCAGUUCCGGACGUUGAUGGACUUGAACCGUCACUUGGCUAGCCCUCGCCACCAGGAGAAAGUCUAUCGGUGCCCUCUCAGCACCUGCCAGGCCCACUUCGUCUCCCUUAGCGGGUUGUGCCAGCACAUCGAGAGUGAGCGUUGUGGUGUGACGAAGUUCAGGGCAGUCCAAGACGCCAUGAACAAUCUCUUCGCCGGCGUUGCCCGCAUCACAAUUUAACAUGGUAAGUUCUACAUGAACAUUGCAAUAUUGAAGAUUCAUAGGCUAUACCUGACACUUCUUACUCAGCCCUCGUGUUGUCUGCAUUUCUUCGCAUGCCACAUCCACAUGGUUUAGUCACAGACAAUCAGUUUCCAUUCUUCUACUAUACAUUUUUCAUUCCUCAACUAGCGUCACCGCCUUCCCUGUUACGAGUCACUAUCUGCGUACCUUAACAUCCUUAUCGAUAAACCCAUUAUGAUACUUCUCGAAAGCUCUGGCCAAAGCAGGUUUCUUGUUCCCCCUCAGUUGUACAUGUAGUCAUACCUUACAUACGUCCUUAUUUUCCGCGUUUCAAUUGCGCCGUAUACAUGAAUCAAAUUCGAAGUUGAUAGUGGGUUUCGUAAUCCCGUCUCUAAUUCUAUCCUCAUCC